GACUAUUUAAUCAAAUAUCAGUUUUGAUUUUUGGUAAACAUUACUAAAAGUUUAUAAAAAAACGAAAGGCUCUAUAAAUUUUUAUUUUAUUAGUGUUGUAAGUUUCAAUUUUUCCUUUUUGAAUAGUUAGGCCCUAGACGGUCUAGGUGUGCAAUGUAACGUCAAAGUUGAUUAAAUCUUCCUGUGUUAAGCAAGAGCUAGCUAGUUAUUACUUAUUACCAAACAUGAAAUCCAGUAAACGUAGACUCCAGGCGCUCGCAGAGGGAUCUGAAGGUCUUUCAAAUUACCUGAAGAUGGAGGAUUCUGAAACAUCAAUUCCACCAGUUUUUAGAUCACGGUUACACGAUCUAUUUUCGCAAAUUGAAAAAGAAUUUGACCUUCUCUACUCAGAAAAUUUAAAUCUGCAAGAAAAAAUAGAUAUUUUAAGUGAGAAACUUGAACGAGAAAGUUGUGUUGGCGAUAAACAGAAUGCUGAUUAUAUUGAGUUUGAGACAUCAGGAAAAUCCUCAAAAGCAAAAAUAUCACAGAAUAAUUCUCAGAAGGUGAAAACAAGUCAUAAGUUAAGAGUACAGACAAGUAAAAUUGUAUCCAGUUUUAAGGCCCCAACAUACAACUGCCAGCUUGUAAGGGAGUUUACUGGACACAAAGACGGUAUUUGGGAUGUGUCUUCGGCAAGACCGGGACAGGCUCUAAUUGGUACUGCCUCAGCAGAUCACACAGCAUGUAUAUGGAGUGUGGAAUGGGGGAAGUGUUUACUGCAGUACACUGGACAUGCUGGUUCAGUAAACUCGUUAAAAUUCCAUCCCACCAGGGAUAUUGCUCUGACCAGCAGUGGCGAUAAUACCGCACAUGUAUGGCAGGCUGCAGUAAAUUGGGAUCUACCACGAGGUCAAUCAUCAGAAGAAGAGCUGGAAGGUGGUGGCGAAGAAAGUAUGGGAGAAACCGACAGACCUGAAGUACUGCGGACACCACUUUCCGAACUCAUGGGGCACCAGGGUGUGGUGGUAGCUGCAGAUUGGUUAACUGGAGGUGAACAUGUGAUAACCGCCUCCUGGGAUCGAACCGCUAAUUUAUAUGAUGUGGAGACAGGGGACUGUUUACAAAUAUUGACAGGUCACGAUCACGAGUUGACGCAUGCGUCUGCGCAUCACAGUUCCCGGCUAGUUGUGACGGCAUCUCGAGAUACCACUUUCCGUCUAUGGGACUUCAGAGAACCGAUACAUUCAGUGUCUGUGUUUCAGGGCCAUACGGAGAGUGUGACAUCAGCCGUUUUUACUCGAGAGGACAAAGUGGUUUCUGGAUCUGAUGACCGUUCUGUCAAGGUAUGGGAUGUCCGGAACAUGAGGUCAGCUUUAGCAACUAUUCGCUCGGAUUCAUCCGUUAACCGGGUAUCGGUGAGCAGUGGUGGAUUAAUCGCCAUACCACAUGAUAACCGGCAGGUUCGCCUGUUCGAUCUCCAGGGACAAAGGCUUGCCAGACUACCGCGGUCAAGUCGACAGGGUCAUCGUCGCAUGGUGACGUCAGUCGCAUGGUCAGAAGACAUGUCUUCGGGUAUCAAUUUCUUCAGUUGUGGGUUCGACAGGCGCAUUCUCGGCUGGUCCAUACAACCGUCUAAGGAAAAUUAAUUUAGCAUUAAACAGUCACCCGUAUACCUUCGGAACCACAUUGAGUACGUACAGAAAUAAAUAAAUUAUUAAGUAUAUUUUAAAAGAAUUAAUACAUGUUUAUAAUAUACUUUGUCACAUGGUUAGUAGAUGCCCCACAUUUAUUAAAUUUGAAUAAAACUUUUUUUCCAGUUAAAAGCAAUGUAUGUAUGUAUAUGUAUAACUGUUUUCGUGUCAAGCACCUACUGUGAUUAUUUAUUGAUCAUAUAAAACUUGAUUAUGUAAAAUAAGUAUCGUGAAAGUUUUGUUUAUAUUAUAUUUUAAUUUAGCACAUAACUGUAGAUAUUCUUGGUAUUACACAAAAUAUUUUUCUACUUAGACAUUUAAAUAGUAAACGGACUUGUUUUAAAACGUUCUUGUUGCCAUGGUUACCAUUCGGUUAAGUAAAGAUAACAUAGUAGCAAUGGUAACAUUACGGUAUUAACUUUCUACGUUUUAAAAUUAGGCCCGUAUGUCAAAUCCAGUAUGUUUAAGUCAAAUGGGAUACUUAGAACUUUGACUCAACUUAAAUGCUUAUAUUAUGUUUGGGUUCUGUAGUCAAAAUACCAGCCGUUGUUUAUUACGAGUCGUAAAUUAUUUGAAAGUGCAAUUGAUAAAACUUUUUUAUAAUACUAAUUGUCUUUUAAAACUUAUGAUAACACAACAUAACACAAAUUCACAAGUUUCUCCCAAACCGAGUAGUGGCCGCUUGGAAUAGGCUUCCGGAUUAAUCAGUGUACCAUCAUUGAACUCUUUUAAAACUAGAUUGGAUAUUUUAUCCGUAUCACCUCGACGUCCACCGUUCCACAACUGCGCGUUUUUCAGUUUUUGCCGCGCACCGCCUUGUGGAACCAGCCCACUGAAGUAUUUCCGAACCAAU